GGACGAUCGCGUCAGUGGAUUUCCCGCGUUCUUGCUUUUCGGGUGCCCACCGACGUAAGUCAUGGCCGGCCGACGAGGGGCGCUGAUAGUGUUGGAGGGAGUGGACCGAGCAGGCAAAAGCACGCAGAGCCGAAGGCUGGUGGAGGCCCUGCAGGCAGGGGGGCACCAGGCCGAACUUCUCAGGUUCCCGGAAAGAACAACAGAAAUUGGAAAGCUAAUAAGUUCUUACUUGGAAAAGAAAAACAACUUGGAGGACCACACAGUGCAUCUGCUAUUUUCUGCUAAUCGCUGGGAGCAAGUGCCAUUGAUUAAACAGAAGCUAAAUCAAGGUAUCACACUGGUAGUGGACAGAUAUGCUUUUUCUGGGGUGGCCUUCACAAGUGCUAAGGAGAACUUCUCCUUGGAAUGGUGUAAGCAACCUGAUGCAGGGCUUCCAAAGCCAGACUUGAUUCUCUUUCUUCAGCUGUGCACAUCUGAAGCAGCCAAACGUGGAGACUUUGGAAAUGAACGAUAUGAGGACAGGUCUUUUCAGGAGAGAGUUCUGCAGAGCUACAAUCAUCUGAUGAAAGAUAAGACUUUAAACUGGAAAGUGAUUGAUGCUUCAAAGAGCAUAGAAGAUUUACAUGAUGAAAUUAAAUCCUGCGCAGAGGAGGCCAUGCAGGAGGCUCAACACACUCCCCUAGCAGAACUGUGGAAAUAGAACUUGUCUGCCACUUCAUCUUUGUGAGACAAUCCUCGUGUAGCCAUUACCCCCAUUAUUCAACUUGACCUACCAAGUUUUUGUCUGUAGUUAUUCUUACAGGCCAUUAGGACUUGUUAGAAUCUUGAUUUCUUUUUUUAAUCUCACUUCCACCUGUUUGGUAAAAGAAACUCUGAUCUUAUCUUGGAAGCAGUUUUGGAGGGACUUUAACUGGAGCAACUGCAUGAACCCUGGACCAAGACUGUCGUAUUUGUUUACAGAGACUUAUGCUUCAACAAACAAUAGCUAUUGUUUUCUAAGCCCGUAAUUUAUAUAAAUGCUUACAUUCUUUCACAGGUACGGGCCAAGAGAUGUACCAAUAAAAUGUCUUUUACUCA